GGCCACUUGCACUUUUUACCCAAUAAAUACCCUCAUAAUCUCGCUUCUCCUUCUUCAAGAAACUCGUUGCUCUCUCCAAAUACUAAAACUGAUACUACAGAACAAAGGAAGGAGAUGCUGAAGAUGUUAUCUGUGUUACGACGAAACCUCCAAAGUCUUCGAAAAAGCCCGCGUGUUGCUGACGAAAGUGCGUUGCCUUCAACGACCGUUAACGGAGACAGGAGAGAAAACGGCGUGAUGAUGAAGUUUCCGUUAUCGAUCAUGUCAUGCUUUGCGGUUCCACGUGGUAGCAGGGCUGAUGGUGUGUGGGUGUCGGGAGAUUACGGAAGGGUCUCGGAGGUUAACCAUCUCAUGGUUUGUGAUGGCAUGAGAUACGCUCUCUUAAUGUAAUUAUCCACUUUUGUCUCUAUACUCUCUAUACAUCGAUCGAUCGUUCUUCAGUACCCAUUUGGUUUGCUUCUUCUUUUGUUGAUGGAUGGUUUUAGUUACUAUUUAGGGAAUCUAGUGAGAGAUAUACAGUGGGUUUUCAUUUCACCCUUUUUUUCUUUUCUUGCGUCCAUGAGGCGUUUGUUAAUCCAGAAGAUUUCAUAGGAAUAUUUAACUUUUCUCUUUAGCAAAAAAAUAAUAUUUUAAAUUUUUUU